AUGAGCACGAACGGCGCCAACACGAACGUCGCCCUCGGACGAAAGCUGAUCCAAGAGCUGCAGGAGAUGGGUGCACAAGUCCCAGACGAGCUGCUAAAGAUUGCGUCCAACAUCUCGGACGCACGACGAGACAAAUCGCAACAGCGCCUCAAGGCGAACGAGGCCCUGCUGAAAGACCAGAGCGACAUGUUCGACCAAAUUGCCCACACGUACAAAAAGUUGGCGCAGGACGACUCGUGGAUCAAAAAGUAA